GGAUGUCGGAGCGAAAAGUUUUAAACAAAUACUACCCGCCAGACUUUGACCCCUCAAAGAUCCCCAAACUCAAGCUCCCCAAAGACCGGCAGUAUGUUGUACGACUGAUGGCCCCUUUCAACAUGAGGUGUAAGACCUGCGGAGAGUACAUCUACAAGGGGAAAAAGUUCAACGCGCGCAAAGAGACAGUGCAGAAUGAGCUCUACCUGGGCCUGCCCAUUUUCCGCUUCUACAUCAAGUGCACGCGCUGCCUAGCCGAGAUCACCUUCAAGACAGACCCCGAAAACACAGACUACACGAUGGAGCACGGGGCCACUCGGAACUUCCAGGCCGAGAAGCUGCUGGAGGAGGAGGAGAAACGGGUGCAGAAGGAGCGGGAGGACGAAGAGCUGAACAACCCCAUGAAGGUGCUGGAGAACCGUACCAAGGACUCCAAGCUGGAGAUGGAGGUCCUGGAGAACCUGCAGGAGCUCAAGGAGCUGAACCAGCGGCAGGCCCAUGUGGACUUCGAGGCCAUGCUCCGGCAGCACCGUCUUUCUGAGGAGGAGAGGCAGCAGCAAGAGCAGGAUGAGGACCAGAGGGAGGCGGCGGCGCUGGUGGAGGAAGCCAGGAAACAGCGACUGCUUGAGGACUCUGACUCGGAGGAGGAUGCUGUGCCCGCCCCGCCUCGGCCUCGGCCAGCCCCCCGGCCCAACCCCACAGCCAUCCUGGAUGAGGCCCCAAAGGCCAAGAGGAAGGCAGAGAGCUGGGAGCGGAGCGUGGGCACCUUGGGCAGCAGGGCACAGCUGUCCAGCCUGGUGGUGGUGAGGAAGACAGACCUGGACCAGGACACCCAGCAUGGUCUGAAGGUACCUGUCCCAGGCGCCCCACACUCCCAGAAGGCAGCUGAGCCUGUGCGCCGGGCGCCCGGAGCCUCCUCCCUGAGCCAGCUGGGAGCUUACUCCGACAGCGAAGACAGCAGUGGCAGCAACUGA